CAAUGGUUUCUCGGAUUGUUUAUUUUUUACUAAAUGUUAACCAUAAUAACAUCAUUGCUGAUCAAAACUAAAAUUGCUGCAUGUACCCUUACCUAAUCAAGAUCAAUCUUUGCUAAUUCGAAUGAAUCCUAAUCAAUAUUCACACUAGAAUAUUAAAAAUUAAUCAGUCAUGUUUCCGUUAUCUGCAAAAUUAAUCUCUUGUGAGUCAUUAUUAUUUUCGUCACCAAUGUUUCUUAUUUCUAAUUGAUGAAACCAUAAUCGCUCGACCCAAGCUUUCGCCAUACGAUCAAAAACUGGAAAUAACCAAGUGAUUGAGUAACGUUCUAUCAAAUUAUAACUGAACAAAUAUUAAAUAUAAAAAAUGGAUAGUGCCAAAGCUUCAGCAAUUCCUACCACUCAACUGGAGUUAUCAGUGUCAUGUCGAAAUCUUCCUAACAAAGACACCUUUUCAAAAAGUGACCCACAAUGUACUUUGUACAUGAAACACUUGUCUGAGAAAGAUUAUCGUGAGAUUGGAAAAACUGAAAUUAUCAAUGAUGAUUUGAAUCCUCAUUUUGUCCGCAAAUUUGUUGUCAAUUACAACUUUGAGACCGUUCAGAGGUUGAAAUUUGAGUUAGUGGAUAUUGAUACUCUUUCAAAUGACUUCCUUGGUCACCAUGAGACAACCCUGGCUGAAAUUGUUGCCGUUCAGGGACGAGAAUAUGUGGGUGCUCUGAAAGACGAAAGAGGCAGAAAUGCAGGAACUAUCAGUGUGGUUGCUGAGGAGAUCGCCAAUUGUAAACGGGGUGUUUAUAUCAAAUUGAAAGGCUGUGAUAUUCUCGGAACAAGUUUUUUCACUAAACCUCAAACGUUUCUCACCUUUUGGCGGUCCAUUGAAGAUGGGUCAUAUAGUCUAGUCCAUAAAACUGAAGUUCACCCAUCUUCUCAUAAACCUGAAUGGAAUAUGAUUCAUUGUACAGCCAGAACACUUUGCAAUGGAGAUUUUGAUCGUAACAUUAGGAUCGAUUGUAUGAGAUAUAAAAUGUCUGGUGCACACAUCUUAAUUGGUUCUUUCAAUACAACCCUUAAUGACUUGACACAAAGAUUUAACGAGCCUUCCAGACGUAAAUUAACUCUGAGUAAUACAAAAAACAGAUCAACAAAAUGUGGAUAUUUGGAACUUAUCGGACUAGAAAUUGAAGAAGAAAUUUCAUUUCUUGAUUAUAUUAAAGGAGGAACUCAGCUACAUUUUGCGGUUGCUAUUGAUUUUACUGCUUCUAACGGUGACCCAAGAUAUCCAGAAUCAUUACAUUUCAUCGGAUCAGGUAAACCUAAUCCAUACGAAUUGGCUUUGAAUGCAAUUGGUGAAAUUUUAAAGCCAUACAACACUCUUAAUGUUUACCCUGGUUUUGGAUUUGGGGCUAAAUUAUCUCCUCAAGCCUUGGUUUCCCAUCAUUUUCCUCUAAAUGGCAACGUUACCCAUCCUUAUUGCAAAGGAAUUGAAGAAAUCAUUAUGCACUAUCGAUCAACUGUUGGUCGUGUAACUUUUUAUGGACCGACUAAUUUCGCUCCAGUAAUUAAAAGUACAGCUGCCAUCGCUAGACAAUAUGACGCUGGUACCAGCUAUUUUAUUUUACUCAUUAUUACUGAUGGUAUUAUCUGUGAUAUGCCGCAAACAAAACAAGCAAUAAUCGAUGCCUCACAUUUACCUCUAUCAAUAAUCAUUGUUGGUGUUGGAAACGAUGAUUUUUCUGCCAUGGAUGAACUUGAUUCUGAUGAUCAUUUGUUGGAAUUCAAUGGAAAGAAAGCUGUUCGUGACAUUGUUCAAUUUGUACCUCUUCGUAAUUAUAUCAGCUCUAGUGGAGUCUGGCUUCAAACAAUGGAUGGACUAUCCAGAGAUGUACUGUAUGAAGUACCUGAUCAAUUAAUUUCGUACAUGAGAGCCAAAGGAAUCAAACCUAAAAGAGUUGUCCCUUGAUCUUUUACUUCUAUUUUACAUGUUAUUCUUGUUGAAUGUUUCGUAAUUAUCACACAACAAAUGUUAUCAUUAUUGAUGUCCAUUGCAAUGUUUAUGUAUUAUCCUUUUCAUUCAUUGAUACUUUAAUCUCGAUUUAAACUAUUGAUUUUUCACAAGUCUU